GGAGGGCGUUAGCGUGGGACAAGGACAACAUUAUAAAUUAGAAGUGAUUGUAAUUAUAGAAGAUGAAAGAACUAAUUUUUUUUUUAUAGAAAGAAUCAUUUAUGGUGAUUCACUUGAUCGCUAUUUUAUGUCUAAACGAGUUCAAAUAUUCAUUGUGUUUGUGGUAUUAAUCAUAGUUCUACCACUUAUUUGUAUAUGAAUGUGUAAAUGAAAAAGCUGGAACAUAAUGUACUUAUGUUGUAUUAUAGUGAAUAAAGUAUUGAUAAAAAGAUAAGAAGUGAUUAUAAAUAAUGUAGAUUCCUUGUUUGGCAUUAUGAAGUAAGGAUUUCAAUCAUUGAAGACUGAUUACUAUGAUUAAUGAGAUUAUCAUAAGUAAAAUGUCCUCGCAAGAUACUCAAUCAAAUUCAAAUCACAAAUGUUCAGAUCGAGUUGUUACUGAUUCAGUGCAUUCAAGGUUUCGUCCCUCAGGUGUAUAUUGCAAUACGUGCAAUAUAAAUGUUAUUGGAAAUCACUCUGCCAUAGAAAGUCAUUUCAAUAAUUCUCAUCCUUCGAAGGAAUUUUGUUGUUACUGUAGAGGCAAAGUAUUCACUUAUAUACAAAUGUCUAAUGAUGAUUGCGUGGAAAAGCCAAAGUACAUUGUUUACCACAAAUGUAGCAUUAGAAAGGAAGAAGAAAGUACAAGAGAAUCUCUUUAAAGAUAUUAAUAUAUUUAAAUAAAAUAUAUAUCUCAUAAAAUUAUGCUACAUACAAUCUGUGCAAUAACAAGUAAUAUGCAAGCACAGGAAAAUAUUUGAAAUUACAAAAAGAGCCUUACAAUGACAAAUGCAAAAAUAUAUAAUAUAAUCAUCAAUCAAAAAACAUGACAUUUUCAUCAUUUUAUAUAUGAAUAUUACAACAAAAUUUGAGCUUACAAAUAUUGUUACGAUUUAUUCCAAGUAUAAAAGUACAUAUAUUUAUAUGUAAUGCAAACUUAUUCUUUGUACACGUUGCAGUUAAGACAGUUUCUAAGAUAUUUGUAAUAAAAUUAUUUAAUUAAUUGAUAGAAAUUUCUUUGAUAGGCGACUGUUCGCAAUACUGACAAAAAGGAAUAUUUAAUUUAAGUAGCUAUAUAGUAAAUACUGAUAGAAAGGAACGUGAAAUUUAAUUAUAUAGUAAAUUAAUAUAAUAUAGAAUAUAUAUAAUCAGUUGUGUCAAAUGUCGAAUACGGUUCCUUUUACGUUUUACAAUUGUGCCUAGCAUUGCCAAUUACGCUCAACGUGAUAUUCCAUUAAUGUACUCGUAACGCAUACUUAUAUAUAUUAUUUAUGUGUACAUGUAUGUAUAAAUAUAUUUUCUUGAAAUUUUGUAUCAA